AUGGAUCGCCUGACGCAGAAAGAGACCAGCACAGACCCCUGUGGUCCGAAAGUCCAGCCUGGGCCUUGUGUGUUAGUCAGAGCGAGUCCAGCUUCACGGCUUAGAGUCCAGGAUCCACAUCCCAUCAGCUCGUCUGAUGUGCUCAGGAAACAGGGUGCACGGACCUCCAUGCAGGCAGAGCAGGCAAAGCUUACUCCAGCAGCCUUGACGAGCAUCAGCCGACCCAGACCGACUGCUCUUGGAACUAAAGCCACUUCGAAGCUGCCCAGAGUCCCACCGGAGUACUCGAAGGAAAUAGAUUUGAUCCCUGUUUGCAUCCCAGGACCUCAGAGUGCCAACACACUGUCACAUUCCACGUCAGAGCCCUCGUUCCCUCUCAGCAGUUCCCAAAGUCCACAGCUUUACCCAAACCCAACUCCCAGCAUACCUGUGUCUAGUCCUAACCUGACCGCCAGUCUUAGUCCCAAACCCGGCCUCAGUCCUCAGCCACAGCGGACCUCAUCACCUGGGAGCGCCAAGGUUCAGCCUGAAAGACCAGGAGGAGAGAACAGUGACUUCAGGGUGUAUAUUGUCACGUGGAACGUGGGAUCAGCCGUCCCCCCAGAUGACAUUACGCCUCUGUUUGGACCAAAUGUUUCAGAUGGUAGCGCUGACAUGUUCAUCAUCGGACUCCAGGAGGUCAACUCCAUGAUAAACAAGAGGCUGAAGGAUGCUCUUUUUUCAGAUCAGUGGAGCGAGCGUUGCAUGGACACUCUAAGUCCUUUUGGAUAUGUUUUAGGCAAUAAAGGUGGUGUUAGCGCGAGAAUGACAAUGUUCGGUCACCCUGUGUGCUUUCUCAACUGUCACCUGCCGGCUCACAUGAGGAACCUGGAGCAGCGGAUGGAGGACUUUGAAAGCAUCCUUCAGCAGCAGCAGUUUGAAGGAGGCGCAGCCACUGGUGUACUGGACCAUGAUGUCGUGUUUUGGUUUGGGGAUUUGAAUUUCCGUAUUGAAGAUUAUGACAUCCACGUGGUGAAAUGUGCCAUCGACGGUAACAAGCUGCCUCUUCUGUGGGAGCGGGAUCAGCUCAACAUGGCUAAAAACACAGAGUCCAUCUUGGAGGGCUUCACGGAGGGGCCUCUCAACUUUCCACCUACCUACAAAUUUGACGUGGGCACUCACACUUAUGACACCAGUGCAAAGAAGAGGAAACCUGCAUGGACGGACCGCAUCCUCUGGCGCCUCCGCCGCACAGGUUCACCAGUUCCUACCCACAAUGCAUCCCUGCAGCGGGGUUUGACCUCUUGGUUGGGUGGGGCAACUAAAGUAAUACAGCAUAAGUACUUGAGUCACAUGGACUUCACCAUCAGUGACCACAAGCCUGUUUCUGCUCUGUUUUCACUGCAUUUCCCGUUCAGGGUGGCUGUGCCCCUGGUGGAGCUGCAGACCGUUAAGGAGUGGUGCAAAGCAUCAGACGCUACGGUCAGAUUCACUGUGGCUUCAACAUAUCAGCGCAGCUCAUGGGACUGGGUCGCAAUAUACAAGGUUGGAUUCAGACAUCACAAAGAUUAUCAGGCGUAUGUGUGGGCCAAAGGGGAACUUGCUACCCAGGUGACUUUCUCAGAGGAGGAUUUACCAAGAGAGGAUUGUGAAUACAUCUUGGGUUACUACAGUAAUACUACAAACAGUAUCAUUGGAUUGUCUUCACCUUUUCAGAUCAAGAUGCCAGCUCACAGCCCCACUGUGUGCCGCUCUGACAGUUCUGACGUCAGCUCAGAAGAUGACAGCACUUUAGUUCUUUUGGCUCCAAACUCCCGCAGUCCGAGCCCUAAAACGGGCAAACGCCACAAUCGCCACCGUCGUAGCCGCAGCCCAGCUGUUCCUGCACUUUCCGCCAACCCGCUCCCUGCCCUGCAGAGCCUCAGUCUCUGUCCUCGCCCCAAAGAGAGUCACGCACCGAGCCGCCCACCGUGCUCUGCUGCUAAGAAGGAGCGCCUGGUCUCCCAUGACGCUGUGCCCUCUCCCACCAUCAGCCCCCUCAGUCCUCGCAGCCCUGUGUCUCCGGGUAGUGGAGUGAGCGCACCUGAGGCCCUGAUUGUAGCCAUCUUAGGUGAACACAGUCCAGUUCAGGUUAGCCCCACAGGCGUGAAACACAUCGGGAAGCUGCAGGAAACGGACAAACGGAGGAACAUAAAGAGUUAA